UAAACUAAAGUCAAACCUCAAACCUGGCCUCAAGACGCCGGCCGUCGUCGGCGCUGGCAAUGGUGUGCCCGGACGAAUGGCAGUCAGCUGUAUUGAAGAUUUGGAAGGAGCUGACAUCCACGGUAACCGGAUGUGGAUACCACCCGCGUGUUCGAUGUCAAUGAUUGAAGACCAUACCGGGACCACAACAGAUGA